AUGCAAGGAUCUCAACCGGCCGCUUGGAUGGCAAUGCUGAUCUUGGUCAUGACUCAGUUGCUGCUGGAUGAAAGGCUUCAGUCCGUCUUUGCAAACAUGUACAGGGCACCACAAGAGAGCCGUGGGCUACAACUGAUAGAGGAAACACACAACACUGUUGAAAAUGAUAGCAGCUAUAGCUCUUUCCAUGAUGAAUGUGCUUUUGCUCGCAAUGUUACCUUCUCCAACAAGCCUCCAACCACGACUGUCAUUGUUACUUCCAACCUGAUCCCCACCAUGCCCUCCACUGCCGUCAUUGAGGACACACUGGACUCAUUAUCCAUGCUCAUUGGUCUGGAACCCAACACACCCAUUAUCAUUGCAGUGGAUGGAAUCCAGCCUCAGCUCGACACACCUGAAAGCCGACAACGACUUCAAGAUUGGGUCUCACGAGUUCGGUCCAUGUUCAAAUGCCAUCCCAAUGUCCAGAUUCUCACUUCAUUUGUCCCUCUACACAUUAGCAACACUCUUCGAAUGGCCAUCCAGCAAGUCACAACUGAGUUUGUCCACAUUAUGGAGCACGAUUUUCCCUUUACGAAGGAGAUUGAUCACCAGCUGCUGGUCCGCGCCAUUCGAGCUGUCCCAGAACUGCGGAUCAUUCGAUUCAACAAACGCGGUAAUCAUCACUGGAAAAGUCUUGUCGGUUUAGCCGCUUGUGCCCGCAACCAUACAUAUGCCGGCAUGGACUUUCACUUGGGUAAAUGGUCCAACAACAAUCACUUUACCACCAAAGCAUACUAUGAAUGGCUCCUGGAGGAGAUUGGUCCGCAUCACCCUGCCCCUGAAGCCAAAAUGAUGACGAUGCAAAAUAAUAAGAACUGCACCUAUUCAACCUGGUAUGGGCAAUACAUGUAUGGGCCUGUGGAGGAUGGACGGUACUUGUAUCAUAUUGAUGGAAAGAGGGAAUCUUACAACCGAACCUACAUGUUCAAUAAUCACAAGAGGUGUCCCAAUGCCACGGCCGACGUACCAUCGUCCGUGUUGCCAUGGGUCCGGUGUCCAAGAUAA